UUGACAUAUCCGCGUCUUGGUCAGACUCUUUCCUCUCGAUGCCUUCAUCUAAAUUGACUCGCUCCGACAUUCCCAUAUGAUGUUGUCUCUCACGUGUAUGGCCGGCCUGCUCUGGGCCUUCUCCCUCAGCAUCAGCCCGGCCCGCUGCCAAUCCGUCGAGGUGGCCGACGACAUCACAGUGCUGACGGGUACGAGAACCGACGCAACGAAAUCAAGCACCAGCCUUCCAACCGGCGCCUACCAGACCCCCUCCUCGCGAGUCACCCUCGCAACAACCAGCCUGCCGACCGACCUGGGCACGCUCACAGCAAACAUCACCGACACAUCCCAAACCAACACGGUAACCUACCUCACCGGCUCCGUCACCUCUUCCACCACAACCUACGACACCAAUGGCACCUCAACUUUCACCUCCGCAACUGCGCCGGCCCAGCCAACCAACACUCGCCCCUGCAACAACUACCCGGAACUCUGCGCGCGCAAGUACAGCAACAUCACCCAAGUAGGCUGCCACAACAGCCCCUUCGUGCGCGCCGGCAGCGCGGCCGCCAACCAACAGUUUCCCGUGCUCGACCAGCUCAACGACGGCGUGCGCUUCCUCCAGGCACAGAUGCAGUGGCCGACCAACGCAACGGCGUCGACCCCGCCGCACUUCUGCCACACUUCGUGCGAUCUGCUCGACGCGGGGCCCAUCACGGACUGGCUGUCCCAGGUCAAGGACUGGGUUGCGGCGCACCCGUACGACGUGGUGACGAUCCUGCUGGGCAACGGCAACUACUCCAGCCCCGACAAGUACGUCGGCGCGAUCGAGGCGAGCGGCAUCACGCAGUACGUGUACACGCCGGCCGUGGUGCCGAUGGGGCUCGACGACUGGCCCACGCUCGGCCAGCUGAUCUUGUCAGGCCAGCGGGUCGUCAUGUUCCUAGACUACAUGGCUAACCAGACGGCGUACCCCUGGCUGCUGGACGAGUUCACGCACAUGUGGGAGACGCCGUUCGACCCCGUGGAUGCGGCGUUUCCGUGCACCGUGCAGCGGCCGCCCGGGCUGAGCGCCGAGGAUGCGAGGAGGAGGCUGUAUCUGAUGAAUCAUAACCUCAAUGCCGAGGUGUCGCUGCUCGGGUCCACGAUACUCGUGCCGGCCGUCAGCCAGCUGAAUGUUACGAACGCGGUCGAGGGCCAGGGGAGCUUGGGCCUGGCGGCGAAUAACUGCCGGUCGGACUGGGGCAGGGCGCCGAAUGUCCUCAACGUGGACUAUUAUAACUUUGGGAAUUACCCGGGGAGUGUGUUUGAGGUGGCGGCGAGGAUGAAUAACGUCUCGUUCGAGAGGAGGCCAUGCUGCGGGCUGGCAUCGAGCGCGGGGGUCAGGCUCGAGGUGAUAAGGUCGUUUGUGUGGAUAGGAUUGGCUUGGAUGAUAUGGAUGGUGGUUUAGACGAUUCCCUGGCCGAGUUUUCUUUUCCUCUGUUUUGUCUCUGGCAUUGCAUGGCGUUGGGGUGGGUAUUAAGAGUAUAGACGGCAUGAUUCUGGGUGCUACGGGAUAGCUGACAGUACCCCUGGUAGAGGUAUCCCGGGACCAUCGAAGACGGCAAUGGCAAUGAUUCUUCCGUUUGAUAUCAUGGAGAGUAAAACUGAGCAAAGCCUGAACUCGUUACCUUUCUCAACA